UUGUGCAGACUAUUGUGUGACGACUCACGUCAUCGAUGACUGCCCUUUACUACUUCAACUUUUGAGUCCCGAUUGUCCUAUUUUUACAGACUAAAUUUGGGUUAGACGCGCAACUUCAUCAUUCUUGGAGAUACGGCACUUUGAGACACUCACUGCUGAGGAUACCUGCUUCAAUUAAAAAAGACGCUCAGUCUUAGGAAAAUCUGUUAUCAUGGGCUGUGCAGCAAGUGAGAUGAGCACGGUUCAACAACCGAAACCGUACCCUGUGAAGCAACCCGCCCAGGCCACCUACCCAGUCUUAGCCCCACAACAAGUGCCACAGCAGCAGGUGCCACAGCCGGUUCUGUCCACGGCCCCUCAGCAGACCAUGGUCCCACAGGCUGCUCCACCUGUCCAGCAGGCUCCGCCUCCCCAGCAGGCUCCGCCUCCCCCGCAGGCUCCAGCUGAGAAUAAAGAUGACGAGGACAUUCAGCCUGAGCCUGUUGAAAUCAACGAAGCCCUUAUUCAGCUGUUAGUGGACAUGGACAAGGAGAUUUCAUCCCUGGAAUCCCGCAACGUCACCAAGCAGUACCAGCUGAAAGUGGACCAGAUGAACCGCCUCACAGCCCAGGUCCAGGCAAUGGCUCAGGAACAGCAGGCCUUGGCCCAGCAAACCCAGAAAGAGUACCAGGAUGUGGUGAACCUGCAGAACAUGCAGUCCACCCGGCAGAUGAUGACACAGGGCCAGUACACCGCCCAGAUGAGCAAAGAGCAGGAGGAGUACAUGCAGGCGUUGUCCAAGCAGGAGGUCCACAAGAAGGAACUGGACGCCACCGGACGGCAGCUGGAGGCAUUCAAGAGAGAGGUGGCCUCCCUGAAGGCUGAGUCGGACCGGAUCCGGGAGCUGUAUGACAAACAAGAUGGCAUUCUGGCAAGCAUCUUUGAUGGCAAGUACGGCAGUGAGCGAGAGUACAGUCUGGAGUCAGACCUGGACAUCGCGCUGGAGCGCAAACAGAGAGUCGGCGUGGCCAAGUACAAGUGGCAGAAUGCCAAGGUUCUCCUGCAGCAUGCCGGUGGCCAACUGGGCUUUGCCAUUAGGCGUUGGGGUGAUGUCAUGCAGAUACCACCUCAGAACGUGGACAUCCGCUACAAGUUUGCCGCCGAGUGCCGCAACAACUUGGUGGCAGCAUCUCAGAACAUCACCAGCUCCCAGCAGUACCUGAACACCAUCCGCUUCCCUUACUGCACCCCGGAUGAGAUUAAGACUCUGAACACAGCCAUUAACCACAUCUUCACCGACCUCCUGACCCCGGAGAGGCACAAGCACGCCAUGGAGUGUUACGUGACAGUCUACCGGAGGACCUCAGCACUCAUUCAGUGGUGUGACCAUGUCAUCAACAAGACCAUCUUGAAGGACCUGGAGUCAGCAACCAAGGAAUGCGCCACCAAGCAGCAAGAACUGAAGCAGGAGCGACUGAAACUCAUCAAGGAGAAAGUAAGAGAGAAGCUGGGGAACGAUGCAGCGGACAGGAUCCAACUCACUUCAGAAGGGGGCGCAGAGGCCGAGAAUGUGGACCAAGAUGAAGCUGAGCUGCUGAUGUUGGUGGAAGCAGAUGCUGUAUCCCAAGCAGGGGACCUGGCAACGCUGGCACCAGAGAGCUCUGGCCCCAGCGCCAUCACACCCCUCCCCCUCAAUGAGCUUGCCCCAACCCCAUCGAUGGAUGACCUCUUUGGAAACAUUGAUGAGCUCAAGAAACAACAUGAAGAUAACGUGAGGGAGCUGCAGCGCCAGCAGGAGAUGGCCAAAGCGCGGGUGGACCAGGACCUCCAGUCUAAGCUGGCCAAGAGGAGAAGCCGGCGGCGGCGCAUGCAGCAGCAGGAGACAGAGAUGCAGUCACUGGCCGACAAGAGCUAGGAACCCUGGCCAGCCCACAGCAGCAGCUAGCUCCUAAAUUUAAACAAACCCAAGUCACCUUGCAAAAGGUUCAGAACCAUGUGCACACUGGGUAGAUUUCUAGCAACUACAUCUUCAAAAUGUUAAUGCAGUUUCAACAAAGACAAUCUGUUUCUGACUUUCUGUCAACUUGGUGACCACCGAUAAUCAUAACCUUUGGCUGUACUCAGGUUUUGAGCGUGUGGUUUCUACUUACUCAAAGACCAAUGACUGUAGCAUUAUAGUACUCAUUACCCAAAAGUGCAGAAGUAAAACUGUGUGGUGCAUCACAGAUACACAUCAACAAAGGAAUCAGAGCAAAUGUUUAUAUUGUUGUGACAGACAAUCCCCAUGAUUCUACUGAGUCACUUGGCCCACUUCUGUUUUGUGUUUGUGCAUGUAGUUUGUGCAUGUAUUUUUAUUUGAACUGUAAAUAUGUAACUUUUCAAAAUUCAGGAAGCUGUAAUACCUCUGCAUUGUGUUAGCCAGCUCAUGGCAAAUGAACAAAGCUAAUCCAUGAAUUUGAAAUGUGCAUUCCAAACAGACAGGACCUUUGUAUUCUGCCAUCUCCAAUAUUGGUGAAAAUUGUUUCUUGGAGAGAGCAUCAUCAUUUAAUGCAAAACUAUAGAUAAAAGUAAGUUGUCCACUUAUUAGGGUACUUUUUGAUUACAUACACAGUCCACCUCGAGCUGAAGCACCCCUUUCGUCCGGUGAAAAUAGCCACAGUGGUCAGGAGUGUCCAUUUUGUUGGUGGUAAUGUGACUGAAAUACUUGCAUUUCAUUCAUGAACCAGCAAAGUUCAGUUCCGACCACAGGAGCCUCCGUUGCUAAGAAAAUUGUGCCCUCUCUUGGUCUAGCUCAAGGGUCAUAGGUCGAUAAUGCCAACCAACCAUCAAAACUACUUCUCAGUUUUAUAAAAUCCUAACAGAGUUGGCAAACUUGGAUAUAAAAAGAAUGGUCUCUCAGCAAUGACAUCAUAAAUGUUGGUAUCCAUGACAAGUAGCAUUUGUCCUUGCAUAACCCAAGCAAUUUUCUCCCUUAUGACAUAGACCUGGAGCUCUAGGUCUGGUCUGUGCUUAUGGAUAAGCAGAAGAGCACUAUUGUGAAGGACAAAUGGGACACAUUUGUCCACCUAGGCCUACCCGCUGGCUACAGCAACAGUGCAUGUUGUCAGCUGCUGGGCUCGGAUUCAUCAAAAUGAACUCCAUUUCUGUCAAAAUUAACUUGAGUUGUUGCAAGUUCAGCAUGUAUAAAGACACGUAUUGACAAACCAGAUUCCAACCCAACUACUCAUAACCUAUUCCAUCCACCAUGUUAACCAACCAGCCACAGGCACACUGACAUGACAACAGCUGACAAUGUUAACAAUAGUAGACACCCCUUGAUUGGUCAAAACCGGGAGGUCAGCACAAGGUUGUCUUGCAUAAUUAAUCAGGAAAUCUGCUUGCAUGUGAUAGACGCUUGCUGCAUACAAGCGCGUGUCUAUCACAUUGACUAAGUACAAUGGUGGGUUAGGGAGGAAUUUGUGUUUGACGUUGCUGAUAUUAAAGCUAGCUAACUGGGGUAGUUUAUGUCAUGGAAGAUUCAAAGAUGUCUAUUUCAAUUCCAGUAGCACUUACAGUGAAAUACAGAGUGUACAUUGACAUUUUUUUUAUCUGAAUGAAAUCGGGCUGUAUAAGGUAAAACUAUGUAGUUUUAUCCAUUAUUUUUUAAAAAACAAGAAUGUCAGGAAUAAAGAUAAAAGCAACAUUUAAUGGACAUGCAGGAUUACAUUUCUGAAAUACCUGCCUAAAAAGUUACUUGCAACAGAUAUAGAUGUCUAACAUGAGCAUGGCAUAUUUAUUGAAAUUAAUGUUGGACAGUAGUAAUAAUGCACACAGUUUUCUUCAUGUGUAUUUAUCAACAUUGAAUUGAUAAGAAAAUUAGCGGGCAUUAUACCUUAAAAAUUUAGGAUGGCAGUGGUAAGAUGGCUGCAAUGUCACUGUUGUUAUUACACUAUAUAAUGUGCGUACCAGUUGGCCCUAAUACAUACGGUUAAUGCACCACCGUGUGCUGCUGUCAACAUGGACCAUAAUAUACUGUGGUUGGGGAUGAAAUGCUGUGUACAUAUAAACCAGUCAGGGUGCGAGAACACAGUGCAUUCAGAGAUGCACCUGGUCAUUGCAGUACGGGACUGUGCCAGCUGGCUGUGUUGUUCAGAUGAAAGGCCGCUACAUGUAUUUUGUAUAGUACCUGGCCUAACACUUCCGGCACUGUAGGUUUCCUGAGUGGUUAGUUAUUUCCUGCAGUAGUGCAUCCAAGGAGGGUGGCAGAGUGCUACAGACUGAAUGCAACGGCGAGAGUAGCCAAAUUGGAAUGACAGAAUGAGUUAUAAAUGUGAGAUGGGAUGGUGAAACUAAACGAGAAAAGGCCUCAAAUUGUGUGUGACAAAAUCAUUCCCAAUCUAUUAUCUUAUCAGUGCCUUACUGAUAAUUUUGUAAUUCAACCGAAACCGGUCAUUAAUUCUAUUUUGCAAAGGGCAAUCAAAAGUUGUAACAUCCUCUCUGAUUUUCUACAUGGAUUUAUGCUUUCUGAUUUUUCACUAGACAAAAUUACGUAUAAUGUAUAGUUAGCAGAACACCUUGAAUUCGGCCUACCAAACCAUCCAGCCUUCCGUUCUUGUAAAGUACUUUUUCAAAUGUAUCUACCUGUACAGUUAUCGUGUAUAUAUACUUCAACACUUUUAUCCUCAUUUGAAUGUGAAUAGUUUUAACAAAGGUUUUGGCUAAGACUACUAGCUAACUUUGUGUGCAAUUUUAUCAUUCCUAUAGAUGAUUGAAUGUGUAGAAAGAAUUAUUGUACAGUACUUAAUUAAAAGGGGUUUGCUAUUCCGUCCAAUCAGGGUGUAGGGUCUUCAAUUAAGUUUGAAUAGUAGGCAAAUGUAUAGUUUAUACCCGUAUAUGUAAAUCUUGUUGGUUGUUUUUGUAUUUUAAACCAUUUUUCUGUUACAGAACUACAAAUCCUGAUAAAAGUUACAAGUGCCUUGGGUUUGCAGUGACCGUCAUAUUUAUGACUUCUUAGGAAUUCCUAUUGUCAGCAUUACUUGAAAGUGUCAAUUGCAUAAUUGAUGUUAACUGUAAAUAAACGCAAGAUUCAGAGAUAUAUUCA